UCAUGGAAGCUACUUUCCAUCUCUCCCUUGCUCAAAUCUUUUGCUUAUAUUCUUUUUUUGCGACGUAUCCACUACUAAUAUGAACACAGAUUUUGAUUUAAUUAGCACGAAUAUGAUUUUUUCUAUCCGAUGGCUUUUGACAAGUGUUUUGUUGCGGUUAUGUUCCCAUGAGUUUUGAACUUUGGUUUGUCUCUGAGAAUUUAAAAGAAUUUCAAGCGCCUGAUUAUACUUAUUUCCAUGGAACUUAAGUGUAUCGUCGAAGCUAGCGGCGCGACCAGCUACCAAAUUCCUUCCACCUCUCGAAUAUUGUCUAGAAAAACCAAAGCUGUUUGCUUAAACUGUAAAGUUAUACACAUGGAUUGCCGCAAAUCAACGGCCAGGCUUUGCAGCUGUCUUCGCCUUCUUCGCCUACUUCAUGGGUAUAACUGAUGGACAGCUUGAGAGGAACGGACGAUGCCAUGUAAUUCUUCAUUUCCAUCCUUCCUUUUCUGGUGGCAAUAUUAAUGAUCAUUUAGAAUAGUAGAAAACACGAUUUUGGUGGUUUGUGCCCAAUUCUCUCCUAAAAAGGUCUUGGCUGGUGAGUGGAUGGUAUCCAGCCAUCAUUACAAUUUUAAAGAAAAACGCUCCCAAACCUUCGAAAACUACCCUUGGAAAUGGCACCUUGAGAGGGCGUGUACAGAAUAUGGAUUCGAACGGAAUAAAAGAGAAUCCUUCUUUUGAACGAAACAUUUGGUUAUAACACGGAUGAGAUCAUCAUUUACCGUGAUACUAAUGAAGCCUUGCAGGAGGACCAUUUCAAUUGGGGAAAUUGAUGUAUGAUAUUUGAAUGUGGGUGCUGUAGGAAAAGCUCGUUCGCGGACUCAAUUUAGAGAAUUUAUUUGUCCAGGAAAGUGAUUUGGAACAAACGCGACCCCCUAUAUGGGUGUUGGUCAGAAAAAAAGCUUGGAACGUUCAGAAAAGUGGAGAGUUGCAAUUUGGAUCAGGAUGAGUUAGUUGCUGUCUCAUGUAACUUAUGACACAUGGGUAAAUGGAGAGUUGGAGAGAAUAAGGAGAUAUAG